GCCUGAGAUCAAAAAGGAAUCCUUAUCAAAAGGAAAACCUGUUAAUUGGCCUGGAAUAAAACCGUUCACAUUUGUGUUGACGGUUUUGCUUUUUUAUUAUCAAAUCUUCGUUUUGAUCCAUCUUUUUAAUCAUCUAUACAUCAACCUUCACCUUGUACACUAUGGCAGGUGAACACAAUUGGGAACACGGAAUCUAACAUUUUUGGGGGCAGAAUCUUUCUUGGUCGACACUUUUCUUGAAAUAUGAGGAAAGCAUGACUUCUUGUGACAAAAUUUGAGUCAGUGAACCUACACAUGUGCAACACGAAAAUCUGUCAUGAGUAGCUGGUUCAAAAGAGGUGAGCGCCGCUCACCUGAGUCCUCGGGUGGUGGCUCCCGAUCUGACACGGAUCCAAAUACUUGCUUGGAAGUUUUUCAGAACCAUUGGAAACAGGCUUGUGCUGUUAUCAAUGGACAGGACCGAAAGGCCACUGUCAAUGGGAAAGCUACUGUGGAUGGAGUGGAAGCUGUCCUGAGUAAUCUGGAGCAGAUGGUCACUCUACUGGUCAGUGAAGAUGAUGAUGGAGGACUUCCAGGACCAAUCCUGCAUUAUGUGAUGGAAGUGGAGCUGCUGGAGAGCUUCUGUGCCUGGUGCCAGCUGAACGUGCCUCAGCACGAGAGACUGCGCCUGCAGCAACUACGUCUGUUUGAGCUCAUCAUCAGCCAGUCUCGGCAGAUGCUCCUCAUACACAAGCCUGUCAUCAAGCCUUUAUUGCGCCUUUUGAUGGAUGUUCGGGACUCUCCAGAAAUAUCAAAUGGAGAGCUGGAGUUCAAAUUAGUGCUGGUUCUGCAUCAGAUUUGCAUCUGCAUUUCCCAACAAAGCCUUAUAUUAGAGAGCUUUUUCAGCACGGACGCAGACCACGGUCCUGCCAGGUUCCUCAUCUUCUCCCUCCUGAUUCCUUACAUCCACCGUGAGGGCCCAGUGGGGCAGAGAGCCAGGGACGCUCUGCUGCUCAUCAUGACGUUGUCAGCAAGGCAUCCUCACAUUGGCCAGUACAUUGCCAACAACUCAGACUUCUGUCCUGUUUUGGCAACUGGCCUAAGUGGCCUCUACUCCUCUCUGCCCCGCAAGAUCACCCCUCCUUCUGAUGACUGGUUUGCCAUCACACGACAAGAUUGUCUCCGCAUCCCUGAUUUGCAGAUGUUCCUCAACUCCUUACAGUUUUCCAAUGCUGUUGUACAGGUUGCGCAUCCACGAGUCAGGGAUCAGCUCAUCGAAUUUAUCUACUCAGGGUUCCUGGUACCUGUGUUAGCCCCAGCUUUGCAUCAGGAUAUUACAGGCCUUCCGAUUCCAUUGCUUGACACAGAUUUAUUCAGGAUCUCACGGGAGGAAGUGAUGACGGCCACAGCAUACCUGGAGCUGUUUAUCAGACAUGUGACCGACCCGAACCUGUUGAAAGCCGUCCUGAAGUUUGUCCUCACGGAGCGCUACGAUGAUGUCCUCCUCCUGGAUUCACUGCUUUCCAGGAUCACUUCGAACACCUCGUUAUCUACAGUAACCCUUGCCCUGUUCCAUACCCUGAUUGACCUGAACUGUGAAGACGUCAUGUUUCAACUUGUUUUCAGAUACUUAGUGCCUUGUACUCAUGUGAUGGUCAGCCAGAGGCGGUCGGUCAGAGACCUGGACCUCUACGGCAAGUCGGCUGAGAAGUUUCUCUCCCUGCGGCCUGUGUGCUGCCUCCCAGCCUCCAGCCAGGGCCAGAGCCCUGCCAACUCCGCCACCCCUGCACCCCUACCCCACAUUGUAGGCAUGAACACCUCGGCACAAUCGCAAAGGCCUUCAGCAUCAGGAGUCUCUGGCCCCACCCCACCGGGCAAUGCUGGACCUGGGAAGACAGCUUCUGCAGACCAGGGUUCGGGGGAUCAGCAGAAGGAGAGCUGCUACUUUGAAUACCUGCACGACGCGAGGCAUAGGCUCGACCAGUCGGCUCAGGCGUGCCAGCACUGGCUGUUCAAGUAUGACGGGGAGAGUCCGCCACCUGAUAGCAUUAGCUCCUCAGAGAAAGCAGAGGAGGGUGCUGCGUCUACAAAGAAAGGAGACAAUGGCUCAGCAUUGAAGGAACCGGAAGAUUCUGUUCCUAAGACGGGCUUCAUAGAGGUUGGUUCUAUAUUGAAAAAGACUAUGGGGGAAGGUGCAACGGCAGAGGAUCCCACUCGUUCGAGUGAGAGCCGCGUGACCUUUGACCUGAAGUCGAACAAUGUUAAUGUUGAUGAUGAUUCUGUGUUCUCUGAUAGCGACGGGAAGUGCAAUAUAACAAAUGGCCCAGAGGCCACUCAGUUUGGUGAUCCCAAGCUCUACGCAAGUUUAGACAGCCUGGACUCUUUCAUGGCUUACCUGUACGAUCAAGAGCUCUCAUCGGAGGAGGGCUCGGAUGCCAGCGGCCAUGAUUUGGACAAGAGCUUGGCGUCCCUGGAUGAGAUACUGGAUGCUGCUGCGCUGGGAAGCCACCAGAGAUGCAGCAGUGCCAAGGAAGGUGGGGACGUGACGGCAGGCAGUCUGUCCAGCAGUGUUGACGUGUCCUCUAUCAGCCCCAUUCCCCCGGACAAAUCACAAUUCACUUUUGUGAGUCAGUCUGAGAUUCCUGUGAAUGACCUCCCAAAAGCAGAGGCGUCUCAGAUGUCAAAAGGAGACAGGACGGCAUUUGAGCAGAUCAGCAUGUCUGAAGUGCCCUCUGACGUGAAAGUCACUAUGCAGAAGAAGCAGCCAAAUCCAGAAGCGUCCAGUCUUGUGGAUAUUUCCAUCGUGCCUGGUAAUGACAGCGGUAGCGCUGCAACCUCUCCCCCACCCUUAGCCUCAGAGUCGAAUGAGAAAAAAUUUGCAACUUCCGCUGCUAAUGAUAGGGCUUCAGGGACUGUAUCUGUGCCCGUCAGUACAACGAAGAGUGAACGAAAUGUGCCUAAAGACUUCCCUAAGGGAUUCGCGUCACACCCCAACCCACUGUAUGCUAUGUCGGCCUCGUCCAUUCUGUCGCCGUUGAAGCAGGUCCUGUCACCAGGAGACAUGUCAUCCUCUUUCAAGUCUUUGCUGUUUCCCUCCGAUGAGUUUCCGGCCACCACGCCAUCAAGUCCUGGCUCGAAGAAACAACUCCGGUACCUCAACGAUCCACCGAAUAUUGGCCCUUUCUUGUCAGCGUUGCUACUGAGGCUGGAUGGCAUGUUGGGGAACUCGUUGUACUUCAACCUGCUGUUGACAGACGUGCUGUCUCGCCUUGCCGCAUACCCACAGCCCUUGCUGCGCUCCUUCCUGCUGACUCAUAACCUGGUGUUCCAGCCCUCUGUCAAGUCACUGGUACAGGUGCUGUCCUCCCUGCGGCAGAAGCUGGACAGCUACUCUGUGACGGUCAAGCAGUUUGACAGCCUGGUGAGCCGUGCCCGCCACAACCUGGAGCAGAGGGAAGAGCAGUUGUACCAAGCUCUGGAGCAAGGGCCCAUGGGAGGCUACGGCAGUCUGCCCAGCAGUCUCAUGCCCCAGAACAUUCAACAGCAGCAACAGCAACAGCAGAUGCAGCAGAAGCAGCCACAGCGGCUGAGAGCUGACACUCUAGGAGGGGCUAUCCCAAGAGCAGAGAAAAAGAAAGUGUCCCUCAGUGACCUGAUCUUCCGUCGCUCUCCGGGAAAAGACAAGCUUUUAAUGGGCAAGAACAGCAAGCACCCACAGCUGCAGAGGCUUCAGGUUGGUGGUAGCGCAUCCUAUCGCUUCCUCAACAGCUCUCAGGGCCACGGAGAUGGCAGUGAGCUGGGCGGUGAUGCGGACGGUUCGGGUUCAACCCCGGGUCUGUCCACGUGGAAUGCUGUGUACUGUGCUCUGGUGCUGGAUGAAUUCCUCAAGGAGCUGGCGGCAUUGUCGCAAGAACAUGCCUUGCUCAGUGUCGACGAAGGAUAUCUCAGCAGUUAACCCUCUCUGGCAGCAUGCAUGUUGGAUAGAUAAAUCGGAUGUAGACUAUUCGUCAUGACUGAGCAAAAGUCAUAAAUUAUUUAAACGCUUUUGUUGACUUUUAUUUAUUAUUACAGUAGAAUCUGGUUGUUAGGAGAUUGGUUGAUCUAGAUGUGAGGAAAAUGUUACACAUAUUUAAAAAAAAAGAGAUUUUGAGGCCAGUCAAAAUCAUUUGUGAAGGGUGCUGACAAAAAGAGUUAC